AAGCGUUCGGUGGAGGGGGAGGAAGUAGUUCGACUUCCAUCAGCGCAGAAGACUAAGGAAUGUGGGAGAGUCAGAAUGCGUCGCCACACCUCUGCCGUUCAGGGUUUAUUAGGCCUGAUCUACUUAACGAUGGCUGUAUACGCCCUGCCGUUACCCACGCACAGAUCGCUGUGCACCGCAGAAGGACGUUGGGAAGAUCCAGAAAACUGUAACGACUACAUCGACUGCAUUCCUGAUAGCGACGGACAGCUGAUCCCACACAAAGGGUCAUGUCAUGGAGCUAUGUAUGACCCCGAGAAAAUGGCUUGUUUAGAACCAAGUGAGGAGGACAUUAGCUGCCAGCAACGAGUGUUACCUCAAUUUCGUUAUGUCGGUGAAGACCACAGCCUCGGAUUCAUAUGUGAAGGAAAACCAAAUGGAUUUUACUGUGCAGAUUGCAAAACUCUUGUGAACUGCAUUGAUGAAAGUGCAUUUCCUUACACCUGCGAAAACAUGACCAGAUGUGACAGCAGACAGACGUUUGGGGGUGGUGUGUGCUACCCAGAACAUCCUCAGCAAUGUUUUUGUCACACAAAGCACACGUUUCACGUCGAUCUAUACGAUGAUCGGAAAUUCUACUACUGCGAGGACGUACAGGCUGCAUACGACAUCUUCCAGUGCCCUAACGAGAUGAUCUUUAUAGAGGACGAAAUUCAGUGUAACACGCGUUCAGGCUUGCCGAGGUGCAGGUACAUGGGCAUCUUCUCGUAUAUUCCCGACUGCAGAAGGUACUACGUCUGCAUCCUCACCCUGACAGGAUGGGUGCAGAAGGCUUUCAGGUGCCACAAUGACAGCGCCCUCGGUGAGCUCAUGUUCAAUCAAGUCACAGGGGAGUGCGAGGACCCUUGCACUUGGACCAAGCAGGAGUUCUCCUGCCAGAGAGAGGGUCGGUUUGGGGAUACCUUCAGCUGCCGUAUAUACCAUGAGUGUGUUGCCAUGCCCUACGGAUUCCGGCAUGUGAAGCACGAGUGUCCCUUGGGCUACACGUGGGAUCCGACAGCUCACAACGGCUACGGCCUUUGUGUUCUGGCCGAGACCAACACUGGUUGCGUCGUGGACUACUCCGAACUCAAUUUGUGUGUUGUACCUGAAUCUAGAUGUCCCUAUGUUCCUGUUGGAAAUUCCUCUUUUGUUCUUCCUCCCGACGAGAUUGAGCCACCCAAUACCAUCAGUGCUGCAGCACUAGACAUUCCCACCACCAUUGCAAACAUUUUGCACAACACAGAGCCUCCAGUCCCUGCAGUAUCGCUUCAAACAGUACCACCCUUGGAGUACACCACGAUGUCUGAGGAGACGACCACAUAUUUUCAACCUUUGGAAAAUGUAGAAUUUUCUUUGGAAGAUGAUGAUCCAUCGAGCCAGUGUCCCCAGCCGUUUGACUUGGUAGCCGGCGAUUGCGUCAUGGUCUCGGGAGAGGACGAGAGGCGCAACUACACCGGGGCCAUGGAGUACUGCGGCCAGCUGGGAGCAGGCUUGGCCUCGCCCUCCGACCUGAUGGCGCUAAGGAACUACGUCUUGCUUCAGUUGGGUGUGAUUCACGUCCGGAUCGGCGCAACCCGCAGUCCCGAAAUGGAAGGAACCUGGUUCUGGCCCGACGGAAGACCUGUCCAGCCCUCAGCCUGGGGUCCUUGGCAGCCUGACAAUGCUGGGGGUCAGGAGUACUGUGCCACACUCAACACCAACCUGUGGUGGAAUGGACCUCUCAGUGACUUCAGUUGUAAUGGCCUGUUUGCCUUUGUUUGUCAGCAUGGUGUGUGAAUCUUCUGCCAUUAUUUCUGUGUUUGUGUUGUGCUGUCAUUCCCAGUAUCUUCAAUUUUGAAGUAUUUCAUAUUUUGUCACUUUCUUAGUUGUUGGAUUUCAACAUUUUAUUUUUCAGUUUCUUAACUAAACCUUUGUUAAUUGUAACAUUGUUUUUAACAAUAUGUUGAGGCCAAGUCAUUUUUUUAAAAAUUUUUGUAUGAAAGCACAAACAUUCAUAAUGAUAAAAGGCCAAGGGUUUGUAUGCUAUAAUAAUACACAAUUUCUUAAAAGAAAAUAUCUUGGAAAUGACCCUUACCACAGUAUUCAUUAUGUAAAUGACAAGUACAAGUAUUUAAUGAAAUAUGAAUAUAAAUAUACAUAUAGAAAUAUAAAUAUUGAAAAAAUCUAUUUAAAUAUUAUCAACUAAAGAAUAAAAUAUAUGCAGAUUUUCUUUUGGCAGAUAUAUUUGCUUUUGAUUAAUGUAGGUUAUAAAGUCAAACCAACAAAUAUGUAGUUUUCUCCAUUUUUAUAUGGCAGGCAACAGCAACAUUGCAUAACAGUCUACAAGUUUACAUGUACAUCUUUGUGACAAUACUUCAAAUUUCAUUCCUUAAUUUCAUUAUACAUAACACAUGAAGG